AUGGUCAACGGACCGAGAUACAGCGCAAAAGAGAAAGGCAAGCACCCCUAUGAGCCUUCAUGGCAAGAGCAACAGGUCAUUUUCCCGGUAGUGCGCGACGGUCCUCGCGCCACACGACCCGUCGUCAUUACUGGUAUCAUCGGCCAUUACGAAACGGAGUACAUAUUCAUUGAUCCAAGGAGUACAGACGACAUCAUUUAUCAACAGUGUUUUAACCAAUUUGAUGAAGAAGACAAAGCGAGACUCGAGCCAGUUGAUUAUCCUUUGUCCGGAUUUUGCAACGAGAUGGUUUUUCCACUUGGUCAAAUCAGCUUCCCCGUCACGCUGUCUGACGGGAAGCAUUCAAGAACAACAAGCGUGAAUUUCAUGGUGAUGCCCGUCAAGUCGAGGCAUGAUGUGUUAAUUGGAAGGGAAACCCAAGGCGAGCUGAACAUGGUUACUUCAACCCCCCAUUCAGCGAUAGGGUUCCCAACCAAGACGGGAGUGGCAAUCAUCUGCGCCAAGAAAGAAGUAAUGUCAACUGAAGAAUUGCGCCCAGCAAAAGCGGCGAAGGUCUCAGCAACCGAACCUGAAAAAUGGGUUUUAAACCGCAAAUACCCAGAGCAAACAGUGACAAUUGGCCACACCAUUUCGUCAGACAUCCGAACGCGUUUGAAACAGUUACUGUGCAGAAAUAUGGAUAUCUUUGUCUGGACCCCGGCAGACAUGACCGGCGUCCCGCGCAACAUAACCGAACAUUGCUUAAACACUUACCCUUCUGUUGAACCAAAGGUCCAAAGAAGGCGCAGCUUAGGAGCAGACAAAACGAAAGCAAUGAAUGAACAAGUAUGUGAGCUGCUCAAAGCUGGGAUUUUGCGAGAAGUGCGUUAUCAGAGUUGGGUCGCGAACCCAGUAAUGGUGGAAAAGUCGAAUGGUGGAUGGCGAAUAUGCGUAGAUUAUACCGAUCUCCACAAGGCAUGCCCAAAAGAUUGCUAUUCUUUGCCCGAGAUCGAUAAAAAGAUAGACUCUCUUGCGCCAUAUAGAUGGAAGUGUUUCUUGGAUUGCUACAAGGGUUAUCAUCAAGUCCAGAUGAAACUCGAAGAUGAGGACAAGACAGCUUUUAGAACCGAUCUUGGAAUCUUUUGUUACACAAAGAUGCCAUUCGGUCUGAAUAAUGAUGGCGCAACAUACCAACGCUUGAUGGACAAGACCUUCGCGGGGGACAUCGGAAAGCACAUUGAAGUUUACAUUGAUGAUCUGGUGGUUAAAAGUCACGAAGAGGACCAAAUGUUGAAGGACAUCGAAAAGACGUUCAAUUCAUUGCGCAGUAAACCAGAAACGUCAGGGCGGUUAGCAAAAUGGGCCAUAGAGCUGGGAGGCCACAACAUUUUGUACAGGCCGCGACCAGCCAUCAAGGGCCAAAUCCUAGCUGACUUCAUCACAGAAGUCCCAGUUGAUAAAAUCAAAGGGUGUGAGCUGAUAGAGACCCCUGAAAAAGACGUGACAAAUGAGACUUGGAUGCUUUAUACUGAUGGGGCAUCAAAUGAGGACGGCGCGGGAGCAGGACUGCGCCUUGUGAGCCCUGAGAAUCAUGAAUUUACUUACGCCAUCAACCAAGUUAACGGUAUAUACGAUGCAAAGGGCGAGGUUAUGGCCCUAUAUCUUGAGCAAGCGAAAGAAUUGCUUCAGCAGUUUCAGUCUCACAAGGUAAUCCACAUCAAUCGCUCUGAAAACAAACUGGCCGAUGCCUUGAGCAAGCUUGCUUCAACUUCUUUUCAACACCUUGCCAAAGACGUAAGAAUAGAAGUACUCAAGAAUCCAUCAGUCUUGCUGCGACAAGUAAACGUCAUUGAGAUGGGGCAACCAUCCUGGAUGACCCCUAUAAUCCAAUAUUUGCAAGAGGGGAUACUCCUUGAAAACAGAGCAGAGGCGAGGAAGAUUCAGAACAAAUCCCUGCAUUACGAAAUGAAUGGCGGUAUUCUGUACCGAAAGUCCUUCUUGGGGCCACUACUGCGCUAUGUGGACCCCCAAGAUGCGAACUACUUGAUCAGGGAGAUCCAUGAAGGGAUCUGCGGCAUCCAUUCAGGACCACGCAUGGUUGUCACGAAGAUCAUGAACGCCGGAUAUUACUGGACAGGGAUGCAUGUCGAUGCCCUGAAGGAGAUCCGCAAGUGUGACUCCUGUCAGCGACAUUCUCCAAAAACCCUGCGCCCCAAGAACGACCUUAUCCCUGUAUCCACCGCAUGGCCUUUCCAGCAGUGGGGAAUCGACAUGGUGGGACCCUUCCCAGAGGCCCCUGUCGCCGUCAAAUUUAUAAUAGUGGUCGUCGAUUACUUCAUGAAAUGGGUGGAGGCCAAAGCUCUCGCGUCAACUACAGCUAUGAUGGUGCGCAAGUUCAUUUGA